CUGAUGUCCGUUAGAGCGGAAAAAUCAACAUGUCGGAACCGAGAGUAAAGCGAAUAAAAACUUGCCUUCCUCUCUGUAAAACACAUUUAUCUACUGCUGGGAGUCAGGUCAGACAAAACUUCCCGACUGUUGUGGAGGAAAGUCUGUGUGGAGUUUCAACUUUACUCAUGGAGGUCUCUUACAGGCUGGAAGCGCUGGCCAAAAUCUUUGAGCAGAGUGACUUGUCUUUACCCAGAGUGGCUGCGUAUUUUCAUCAGGAAUCAGUGAAAGAACUAGAACGGGCAGAGGCAAUGCUGCAGUACCUGUCCCAGCGGGGGGGGAAAUUCUGCGGCAAGAACAUUCAGAGGCCAGUCACUGAUAAUGUGUUCGCCGUCCUUCCCGGUCUGGAGAUCAUGCUUGACCAGUGGAAGGAGGAGAUGAGCGUCAUGGUGGAGUUGAAUCAGCUGGCUCGUGAGUACGGAGAUCCACACACCGCCAGCGUGAUCAAAAGUCAGUUCGUUGAGCCCCUCGUCCCAAAGGUCAAGCUCGUCGGUGACCUCUUGACCAGCGCUCGGAGAGUGGGCUGCACCAGUGACAGCACAGGGGGCUUCGGCGAGUACCUCAUCGACCAGCUACAAGAGACCCUGACUACGGCCUAGACUUCCUCUUCGAAUCACUGAGGAAGCAUGCAUGUGUAUAUAGCACUUACACAGAUGAAUGGAUGGAUAGACUG